UGGCGUCUGAUUGGAGCAGGGGGGAGCAACAGCCACCGCAAACUGGUGCAUGUCGGAGGAAUAGAUUCAGGGAUGAGGUGACUGGCAGGAAACGAGGAAGAGCCGGAGAGUGAAACAUUCAUUUGCAGUGAGAUCGCUGACGCGUGUUCGCUGAAGCGCGUGCAGCCUUCUCUACUCCCGCCGCCCGCAUGCAGGCUGGCGUGCGGCCCCACCCCUACUUCUCUUCUGCCCGACUCCCUCAGGAUAUUUUUAGCGCUGAUGAUGUGCCCUGUCAAAUCACGUAACGGAAACAACCUCCGAGAGCUGGGAAGCGGAGUCUCUGCGAAGAGAGCCCGCUUUGCUCUGUUUUUAUUGCGAUCUGCAUGCGAAGGCCGCGAAGGAGAUGCGCUUUGAAAUGAAUUUGGCGUUUUGCGUGUUGGUGGUGCUUACCGGCUCAUCGCAGACAAGAGGUCAGAGCAGUGUCUUGCCUCCUGUCCUCACCCUGGCUGCCUUCCCGAGUUAUGCUGGACGCUCAGCAUCUCCUGACCAGAUCCUGACAGAGGAUCCUGGGAGUGAGGUCACACAUCGUAUUCACAGCGGGGAUGAAACCUCAACUGAAACCACCACCAUUACCAAGACCAAAGCAACAGUCCAUUCAGAGGCUGCGACAAAUGCAAUAUAUGUAACGCACUCUGCAGUGGCUACAUCUCAACACAUGAAUGUACCCGUCGCCAUGACUGCUCCUUCACCCUCAGCUGCCGCAGACUACCUUUCAUCUGCGCUGCCUGUACAGAGCGCCACCCCUCCACCGCACAUCUCAACCACUGACGGCAGAGCCAUUGUGACCACAGAUCCCUUCACCACCUUUUCAUCUCAGCCUGCCCACACAGUGCAGGAUACGAGCUCCACAGCCCACGCCUCCACCAUCCGGCCACAGUCUGAAUCAUGGACCACAGCCUCCACACAGCCGACAACCACAGGACACCUGACCUCCGCUCCAGGCCAGGGUCCUGCUGGGCCCACGUACCAGGACGUCCCAUCUGAACUCAAUGUGGGAGAUGAAGACCUCAAGGGGCCCCGCUACCGCUCAAGCUCCCCUCUAGAUCCCCUGCUGGCUGGCCUGCUGUCAGUGUUCAUCGUCACUACUGCUAUCGUCUUCGUCAUCCUCUUCCUCAAGUUCCGCCAGCGGACAAACCACCCAGAGUUCCAUCGGCUUCAGGAUCUACCCAUGGAUGAUUUGAUGGAGGACACGCCACUCUCCAGGUACACUUACUGAUGGACGCAUCCUCAGUCACUUCCACGACUCAGAGAACAGAAGCAAAGCAGACACCAAAGGAAGACCAGUGUGGAUCUCAGAAAAGCCUCUGCCUGGAUGCUGCUGCAUCUCUGCAGACGAGUUUUAGGUUAGUGAUAGAAAAAUAUAUUUAUCUGUGGUUCCAUGAGAAGGAUCCAUUGAGUCUUUUAAAUGGGAGGUUUCAGAGGCACUUUUUUCCACAUUCCCUUUAAAUUUCCAGAGAUCUUCAGCCUAGUGGAGACUUGUUUGUGCUUCUGCACCCCUGACUUACUCCCCCAUAUGCACAGCACUUUAAUGUGGCUUGAAUGGUCACAGUGCCCUCUAGGGGUCAUUUGAGGUAAUGUGGAUCAAGGUUGCAUGAAGUCCUCCAAUGAAAGACAACCUCAGGUUAUCCAGCAAGAAAUAGGAGAGCGAGAGACACAUGGGAAAGUUGCCAACAUGCCUAAAAUAUUUAAGGAAUAUAAAUUAGGAUCCCUUAGGUGACCAAAUAUUAGUGAAGUGCACUUUCACGCCAAACUGUCAGGUUAAUCGUGUUGUCUUAAAGCUGAGGUCUUGAUUAUAAAGUUCAAAAGCCAUAACUUUGGAAAAACGGACACAAAGAAUAUCGUACAGUAGAAGCCAAAUCUCAUUCAGUUGCUCAAAUGUAUUCAACUUACAUGUGGAAAAUAUUCUUGUUGCAGCCGUUAAUGUGCGGUUACAUGUGUUAUGGAAGUUUUAUCAUGGUCUAAUUCUGGUCUUUAAAACAGUUCUGUUUUCAAUGAAUAUUUAAUCCACACUGAGAAGAGACCUCACGACACUAAACACUUUUAACAGCAGCAAUUUGUAAAGUAAAACAAAAUAUUGUUAAAUGAGUUGUAAAAUGCGUAUUUAUUUCUGCACAAGGUGUUUGUUCAAAUGCUUUGAGUAGAGAAGAGGUGCAGUUUAGAUUGUUAGCUGGAGUAUCAUGCAAAUGUGCUGGAACUAAGCUGUUGUAUCAAUCUUUACCUGUAGUGUGUUCAGAGUUGUUUUACUGUUAAGUGCCAACAGUGAUGUAUGAUUUAAUGUCAUUGAAAUGUGUACUGUAAGAUAUUGAUAUUAAGAUUUCCUGUUUGAUAAUAAAUCAGAAGUCAUGAUACUGUA